AUGACAAGCCCUCGAUUUCAUCUGCGCGUCUUCGUACGUUUCCGUCUCCAUUCUGCGCCGUUCCUCGUCUUGCCGCUAACACGCAGUUUGCACAGCGUCAUUAAAAGCCCACCGGUUCUUUCACAAACUUUCAAUCUUCAACCAAAUCAUCACCGAUUGCUGAUAGUCCUUCCCGAUGGCCCCCAAACGACCGGAGAUUCAGUUCAGCAAUGUGCCUCUGGCACAACGCGUUACGUCCGUGUCCUCGGACACCAGAUCCCGAAAAGCAUCCAACCACUCCGUUGCGUCGGCGACCGGGAGCCCGAGUCUGCAAAAUGA